CACGGCACCACCCAAUCAAUCCCACGCGCAAGCGCGAGCAGCAGCACCCCCGCACGCCUCCCCUCCCCCUCGCCGCGAGAUCCCCUCCGACCCCCCCAGCCCCGAUCCGAUCCCCGGCGGCGCGAUGGGCGGCAAGGACCUCACCGAGGACCAGAUCGCCUCCAUGCGGGAGGCCUUCUCGCUCUUCGACACCGACGGCGACGGCCGCAUCGCGCCCUCGGAGCUCGGCGUCCUCAUGCGCUCCCUCGGCGGGAACCCCACGCAGGCGCAGCUCCGCGACAUCGCCGCGCAGGAGAAGCUCACCGCGCCCUUCGACUUCCCCCGCUUCCUCGACCUCAUGCGCGCCCACCUCCGCCCCGAGCCCUUCGACCGCCCGCUCCGCGACGCCUUCCGCGUCCUCGACAAGGACGCCUCCGGGACCGUCUCCGUCGCCGACCUCCGCCACGUCCUCACCUCCAUCGGCGAGAAGCUCGAGCCGCACGAGUUCGACGAGUGGAUCCGCGAGGUCGACGUCGCGCCGGACGGCACCAUCCGCUACGAUGACUUCAUCCGCCGCAUCGUCGCCAAAUGAUUCGCCGUUCCCUUCCUCGCCCAUCCCACUGCACCCACCCCCCGCCGCGCGCUUGACGAUCUGAUUUGGUUUGGUUUCGUAUCAUCUGAUCUUGUCUCAUUUGAAUUUGCCCAUCACUUCUCUUCUCUUCUCUUCUCUUAUGUGCUUUCAUUUCGGAACUGCUCUGCCUACUAGGAUUUGGAUAAAUGGAUGGAUAAUGGUGCGUGCGUGUGUGUGUGUGUGUUUAUCGACCGAUCAAUUAAUUAAUGGAUCUGGCUGAUGAUGCUUUGCUUAGCUCCAUGUAAUGUAAUACUUUUUGCAAUGUAAAGUGUGGAUCUGUUCCGGUGUUUCCAUCAUCACUGUUUGGCUAUCUUGCUUAUUUGAUGCUACCGUUAUUGGAACAGUCGAUCCGAAAACGGUUGCUUGCCUUAUCUCAAA